AGUUGUAAAUAAGGAUUUGUAUAGACCAUACGUAUCGGUCAGGUGGCUCUCUUGUUUGAAACUUUAUCGCACAUAAUAAAUUAACCUUUAACUAAUUGAACACAACAUAAAUAAUAAUUUAACUCAAAAUUAAUUGAAUGUGAUCUAAUAAGAAACUAAGAAGAUUUUAUAGCUCAGUUUAGUGAAUUUAUAGUGUUAUUGAAAAUAGUUUAUAGUGUAUUAGUGUUCAGAUAUUCAUAUGAGUGGUUUUAUUGAAGAGUGCAAACGGAUUUUUAUUGAUUGUAACCGUUCGCUGGUUAACAGUGUAUGAAACUAUAGUUAAUGAUUUGCCGAGGAACCGAUGAGAAGACACCGUCCGUUGGCGUGACCGACCAGUGAUUACAACUUGCGGUGUGAAGUGAAUGGAAUCCGAAGUGUCCGUGUGGUGAACUGAACAGUGACAGUGUCGGCCCUAGAGGCCGAGAUAUUGCGACGGAAGAUACGGACGCGAGCCGCGCGGGCUGCGGGCCCGCGAUGAGCGCUAACAACUGCGACAGCAUGACAUACUUCUCCAACGCAUACAUGCCCGAUAUGAGGAACGGUGGACACGAGCAUCAACAGGCACACGCGCACUACGGCGCUGUGCCACAGCAAGGGCACGAGAUGGAAGGCUGUGACCAGCAGCUGAGGCCUGCACAGCACCAUUAUCCUGCGCAACCGGCGCCAGGAAUGCCUUACCCUCGGUUUCCACCUUACGACCGAUUGGGGUAUUACCAACAGAUGGAACAGAACGGUUACCGGCCAGAUAGUCCUUCCCAAAUGGGGCACAUGGGUCCGAAGACUGAUGGUUAUGGGCCAAAUGGUCACCAGCCGCCGGCGCCGGCGGUUUAUACUUCAUGCAAGCUACAAGCGGCGGCUGCAACGGCGGGUGGAGUACCGGGCAGUCCACCAUUAGAGCAGGCGCAGCAGAUGCCGCAUCAUAUGCACCCACAGCAUAUGGUGCAGCAUGGGGUGCCACACCAACAGCACCUCAUGUACCCCGUGGACGACAUGCAACACCAGACCCAGAUGCCGCCCAUGCAUCAGCAAAGCAUGCACGCGCAGCAACCGCCACCACAGCAGCCACCUCCUAAUACCAACGCGUCGCUGCCUAGUCCACUCUACCCCUGGAUGAGAAGUCAAUUUGAGAGGAAGCGCGGAAGGCAGACAUACACCCGGUACCAGACUCUGGAACUAGAGAAGGAGUUCCAUUUCAACCGAUACCUGACGCGAAGGAGACGGAUCGAGAUUGCGCACGCGCUGUGCCUCACCGAAAGACAGAUAAAGAUCUGGUUCCAGAACCGCCGCAUGAAGUGGAAGAAAGAGAACAAAACCAAAGGCGAGCCAGGCUCUGGUGACGAGCCGGACAACAUGAGCCCGCCCACCUCGCCGCAGUAGAGCUCUCUGUCCACCGAGUAUGGACUGUUUCAGAUUGAAUCCAAAAAGGGAAUUAGUUUUCCGUGUCCAUUUAUGUUUUGAUCGUUGACGUUUCUUUCAACAAAAGUUACGGUGAAUCUGAAAGCAACGAUCCAACGAGCGGAGUUACUAGAACAGUUUAAUUUGUAUAAAUUGUAUGUUGGACUUUUCAUGAUAAUAUUACAUUAUAACUAAAUACGUAACCUAGUGAUUACGAUAAAAGUAAUGAUAGUGUGAUGAUGAGAUUUUUACAGUUGUUAAGUAUAAAUUAAUUUAUAGAACAAUCUCAAUACCAAUAAUUACCAAAAACGCAGUGUAUAAUGAUUAGUAAACUGCAACGAGAUCUUGUGAUUAUUAUAGAUGAACAAUAUCGUUUCCGGAUUUUAGUUUCUUUUUGUUUUGGAAAAUUGGUCUUAGUUUGUAUUAUGUUUUCGUACGAAGUGUUUGAAGAAAUCUCGAUUAAUUUAUAUAGUUUUAUAUUGACAUGAUCUUCAUUAUUAGUUAAGUGAUAAAUUUCUUCAUCUGUAAUACAGCUAUUCUCUUUAUUAUAUUACUUUGAAACACUUUGUGCGAGAAUAUAUAAAAAUUAAUAUUUUUUUUACUUAUUAUUUUGAACUACAAAACCAUAAGGACCUCUUAUAAUUAACCAUUGAUAAGAAGGCGAUUAGUAUCCAUAUUGUUAUUAUUUAAUAUAUUUGAUGUUUUAUUUCUAAUUAAGCUAUCGAAAUACUAUUCUGUACAUACUACAUAAUUUUAGAAUUUGUAAUGUACAAUUGUUUUAGUGUGAAUAAUUAUAUUGAGAUUACUUUGUGGAACAACGAUAUUUCCGCGUUCACAUUUUGAUUUAACGAGUAUUUAUUUGUGAAUCUUAUCUCGGUUUUACUGUAUUUUCUUUUUUGUUUUACAUUAUUUGUAGUAUUGGAAAGGCCAGUUAUACAAGUGCAAUGUAUACGAAUUUUCGAUGACACAUAUAUACGUAAUUGAUAACUGAUAAAUAAACGUCAUAGGAAAUCUAAUUAUUAUUAAAAGUAAAAUGUUACGAGAAGCCUAUAAUUUAGAAUGUGGUUAACGAAAUUUUUCAAUUAUACUUUGAUAAAAGAAAAUCUAUUUCACGAAAUGAAUGUUGUGCCAUUCAAUGGGAUGAAAAAUUUAAAAGACAGCUUUGGAAAUAGGGAACGGGGUAUGUUGAUUCACUCGUACAUAAUGUUAUAGUAAUUAAAACAAGGUUACCUUCAAAGUUAGAUGGAGAAAUAAAUAGUUGUUACUUUUUAUUAGAGUCCUAAACGGAUAGAACAGAGUGUACUUGUAAAAUAUUAAAACUUGAUGCAUUGUUAAAUUAUUAUUAUAUUUAAAGACAGUUUCGAUUACGAUACUACCAUAAUAUUGUUUGAAUUUGGGUAGUUACACCAUAGUAAAGAGAAAUUUCGUCAAAUAUCAUUGUCAAUCUGAAAUUACUCUGUAGAAACACAGUCAGGUUGUUCUGGAUUUUAUCACGCCAUAUUCUAUUCUAUGGCAUUAAAUAAAUACGUGAUUUACGAGGCAACUUUUCAUGAUCUGUCGAAUAUAGAUUUUAAGACUGUUUUAGAGUACGUCCCUAGAGCUUUGAAACAAGUUUUUUUCUAGAUGUGAUUUGCAUGAAGUUUUAUAAUUUUUCAUACACUCUCUUAUGAGGACAAAGUACACAGUAUACCAAAGCUAGUGAAUAAACUGCUGGUUUUCGAUGUUUUGAUAAUAGUCAAACCAAGAUGUGAGAACUGCAAUGUCAGUGCUACAUACACAUCAUUUAUAAAACGGUAUUUUUAUAAAAAAAAUAAUAAUUGCCUAUUGAAAACAAUAUACGUAAAAGAGAUAUCGUGCAUUGAAUUAUAUUUACUCGUAAUACGAAUAGUUUUACG